UCUGGCUUCYGUUCAGUAUUCAAUUCUAAUUUCUAAUGUUCUAUUCUAUGGUAAAUACUUAUAUCUCACAUAAUUAAUGAAUGAUGAUGAUUAUGGUAGUGUAAUAUACUAAUACAUAACAAUAGGAGCUUAGUUUAUAAGUGUUUUGCUUUAUUCGUCUUAAUUCUCAACGCGGCAUGAGACUUCAUUAAUUUAAUUCUUACUCGUAAAAAUCAUUUAUUAUUAUAAUUUUAUGUUUUACAACAUUCAAACCACAAUUAAACAUGAAUAGUGGCAUGCUAUAUGGUGGUGACGAAAUUGGAGCUUUGGUGUUUGACUUGGGGUCUCAAUCGUUUCGUAUCGGUUAUGCCCAAGAAGACACACCAAAAGCUGAAAUACCAGCAGUGGUCGGUGUUUCAAGCGAUGGUACUGCGGACACUAGUAUGUUAGAACCUGGUGCUAAACWAAGUAAUCGUAUCAACGAAAACACCAAACAUUAUAUUGACAUUAACUCAUUGUGUGUCCCUCGAAAAGGUAUGGAAGUAGUAAGCUAUAUGAAAGAUGGCAUGAUUGAUGAUUGGGAUUUGUUUGAGAAAAUAUUGGAUUACUCUUAUUCGAAGUGCUUACAAACAGAAUCACAGUAUCAUCCUGUAUUAUUUACCGAGUCACCAUUAAAUAUCAGAUCUAAAAGAGAGAAAUUGGUCGAAUUAAUGUUUGAAAAGUAUAAUGUGCCGGCCACUUUUCUGGGGAAAAAUGCUGUAUUAGCUGCAUUCUCUUGUGGACGCUCUACUGGUAUUGUAGUAGAUAGUGGAGCUACACAUACCUCUGCCAUCCCUGUACAUGAUGGUUAUGUUAUACCUAGUGCUAUUGUGAAAUCUCCUUUAGGUGGAGACUUCAUUAAUAUGCAAUGUAGACAGUUCCUAAAAGAUAAUGAUAUCGAAGUGAUUCCACAUUAUAUGGUUGCACAGAAAGAACAGGUUAAAGAAAAAGACAAACCAGUAUGGACAAAGAAACAUUCACUCCCCGAAGUAACAACUUCAUGGCAUAAUUAUAUGUGCAAAGCAGUUAUUCAAGACUUAAAGCAUUCUAUAUUACAAGUAUCUGAAAGUCCAUAUGAUGAGAGAAUAAUAUCAGCUCUUCCAACUUCUCAUUUUGAGUUUCCAAAUGGCUACAAUCAAGAAUUCGGCAAUGAAAGAUUCAAGAUACCAGAAGCCUUAUUUGAUCCAAGUGCAAGUAUGGGUGGUUCUAUGUUGGGUGUGAGUCAUAUUGUUACCACAAGUGUUGGAAUGUGUGAUGUGGAUGUGAGGCCAGCCUUAUAUAACAAUGUUAUCGUCACUGGUGGAAAUUCAUUUUUACAAGGUUUCCCAGAAAGAUUAAACCGAGACCUUUCUGCCCGUAUACCAGCUAGCAUGAGAUUGAAAUUGAUAGCACCUAAUGGAUCCACUGAAAGAAGAUUUGGUGCUUGGAUUGGUGGUUCAAUAUUAGCAUCUAUUGGAACUUUUCAACAAAUGUGGAUUAGUCAUCAAGAAUUUAAAGAAGGGGGUAAAAGUCAAAUUGAUCGCAAGUGCCCAUAAUAGAUUAUUUAACAUUUUAUAAAAUACAAAUUUUUAUACAUUUACUUGUAGUUUUGUAGUAUGUAUUUUAUACUUAUU